AUGAACUCCUCAGAUGAUGAUGUGCCCCUUGUUGGCAAGCGGAAAUCUAACGGACACUCCAAGCCAACAUUUGCGCUCUCAGAUGAGCUGAUUUCGAAGUCCACUGAUCCGUCUGUUAGCGCAUCCCCGAAGGCGAAUGGAUACGCAAACCCGGGAUUGACCAUUCGCCAUGGGCCAGUCGACUCCCAGGAUGCCGAGAUGCAUGAUGCCGAAAUGAAUGGGGCAGGCCUAAGCAAGCGAAAAUCAAGAGGAAGCGAUGUGGUCCGGAAGUCGUAUGCGGAACCUGAGAGCAGUGAGGAGGAUAAGCCAUUGAGCAAGCGCCGCCGCGUCUCAGCGCAGCAGAAAAUGGAUGACUCCGACCCUGACGACGCCCCUAUCAUAUCUAAGCUGGCUAAAGGGAAAGCAAAAGCAGUCACCGUAUCACAGUCUGCCACGGAUGGUUCCCUUGGGAAAGAUCUAAUAGCGGAGAAGAGUAGGAUAGAAGAGCGGGCCGGGAAGGAAGCGAAAGCUAUUCGCAAACAAGAAAGCGCUGAAACUGCAGCAAAGAAAAAGACUCCAGCCAAGGCAGCUACUACGGACAAACGUGGAAAGGGCAGGAAAGCUCUUGUAAAUGGCAUUAAGAUAUCGGAGUCCAGCGAUGAAGAUAUUCCGCUGGCCCGAAAAGUGCCUGCCAAGAAGCCAUCAAAAGCUGUAAAAGCUGAGCCUGCAGAUACAAAGAAAAUGAAAGCCAAGGCUGCAGUGAAAAAUGAGUCGAGCGAAGAACUCGAGGGGGAAGAUGCCGAGGAGGAAUAUCGCUGGUGGGAAGAUCCCGCCAAAGGCGAUGGCACUAUCAAAUGGACAACUUUGGAACAUAAUGGUGUCAUAUUCCCUCCUCCAUACGAGCCACUCCCUAAACAUGUCAAGAUGAAAUACGACGGCAUUCCAAUCACACUCGCCCCCGAAGCUGAAGAAGUUGCUGGAUUUUUCGGCUCCAUGCUUAACUCCACCCACAAUGUUGAGAACCCUACAUUCCAGAAAAACUUCUUCACUGACUUCACUGCCUAUAUUAAGAAUUCUGGUGGUGCAAAGGACCCGAAUGGAAACCCAGUAGCCAUCAAGUCAUUUGAUAAGUGUGAUUUUAAACCAAUCUUCGAGUACUAUGAGGCAGCACGUUUGGAGAAAAAGAGCCUCCCGUCUGCGGAGAAGAAACGACUCAAGGCCGAAAAAGAUGAACUUGAAGCUCCAUACAUGUAUUGUAUGUGGGACGGAAGGAAGCAGAAAGUUGGCAAUUUCCGCGUUGAGCCUCCCGCUCUAUUUCGCGGCCGUGGCGAACAUCCAAAAACUGGUAAAGUGAAGACUAGGGUCAUGCCAGAGCAAAUCACUAUCAACAUUGGCAAAGAGGCCAAAGUCCCGGUACCUCCUCCCGGUCACAAAUGGAAGGAAGUUAAACACGAUCAGGAAGGGACUUGGUUAGCUAUGUGGCAGGAAAAUAUCAACGGCAACUACAAAUAUGUCAUGCUUGCUGCUAAUUCAGAUAUCAAAGGACUGAGUGAUUACAAGAAGUUUGAAAAGGCUAGGGAACUCAAGAAACACAUUGAUCGGAUCCGUAAAGAUUACAAGAAAGGCCUGAAACACGAACUUAUGUCGGAGCGGCAGAAAGCCACUGCCGUCUACCUUAUUGAUCAGUUCGCUCUUCGUGCUGGAAACGAAAAAGGCGAAGACGAGGCCGACACAGUUGGAUGCUGCUCGCUUAAAUACGAGCAUGUCACCCUUAAGCCUCCAAAUACGGUUAUCUUCGACUUUUUGGGUAAAGAUAGCAUUCGGUUCUAUGACGAGGUGGAAGUGGACCCGCAGGUCUUCAAAAACCUCAAGAUCUUUAAGAAGCCGCCCAAGAGGGAAGGCGAUGAAAUAUUUGACCGCCUCACCACUUCUGCUCUCAACAAACAUCUUUCCAAUUAUAUGCAAGGUCUGACUGCCAAGGUCUUCCGUACAUACAACGCGUCUUAUACUAUGGCUACACUUCUAAAAGAUCUGAAGUCAACGGGCACCAUCGCAGAAAAAAUUAAGGAUUAUAAUGAUGCUAACAGAAAGGUUGCCAUUCUUUGUAACCACAAGCGCACUGUCACUGCGAGCCAUGCGAGCCAGAUGGAAAAGCUGGGUGAUAGAAUUAAAGGAUUAAGGUACCAAGAAUGGCGCGUUAAGCAGAUGAUGUUAGACCUCGACCCAAAGAUAAAGAAGAAAAAAGGGUCUGCCUUCUUUGAACUCGACGAAAGCUUAGACCAUGAAUGGAUCAAGGAGCAUCAAGCCUACCUCGUCGAAGAGCAGCGGCAAAAAAUCAAGAAGAAGUUUGAGAAGGAUAACCAGAAGCGCGUUGCUGAAGGCGAAAGGGAGAUGAAAGCAAAGGAGCUUGAGGAACGCCUGGAAGCUGCGAAAGAAUUGGAAGCGAAGUUCAAAAGAGAGAACAAGACUAAGAAGGUGGAAGCUGAAGGCAAAGGAAUCACCAUCGAAAAAUUGGAAAAUCAACUCCUUAAGCUCUCGCAACGCAUAGAAAAUAUGUCUCUCCAAGCAGAGGAUAAAGAGAAUAACAAGGAAGUGGCUCUGGGUACUUCAAAAAUUAAUUACAUCGACCCCCGUCUCACCGUGGUGUUUUCGAAAAAGUUCAAUGUUCCCAUAGAAAAAUUCUUCUCAAAGACCUUGCGUGAAAAAUUCGAUUGGGCAAUUAAGUCGGUAGAUGAGGAUUGGGAGUUUUAGCAUAGAAAAUGUUUUCCUCUGCCCGCUUUCUACAUUAUAUACUUUGUUGUGAUUUUCUCGUUUUCCUCUCUCUAUCCCCCCAACUCGUACCCCCCUUCCGGCGAAUUUAGAGCAGUGUCAUUGUAGACUUUUCGUUCCUCUUCUCUAAGCAGUUGGAAAAUGAAAAAUAAUGUGAUGCUUCAAAAUCGUUACAUUGACAU